AUGUCAGAACAACCGCAAUCCGAGCUUCAACCAGAGAAUAAAACCUCAGAUGAGGAAAGCCAGUCGCCGCCUUCCCCUCCGACGAACGAUGUCAAACCCACCUCGGGACCGGGGCUAGGAUGGAAGUUCUGGGUGCUCUUUGUCACGCUGUGUAUGAGCGGAUUUGCCGUGACAAUGGAGGGCAGCAUCGUGGUAACCGCUCUCCCAACCAUCGCGCGGGAUUUGCACACCACCGACUAUGUUUGGGUAGUUAAUUGCUACACCUUAGCCUCCGCCAUUUUCCAACCCUUGGUGGGCUGGCUGGCCGAGGCUUUUGGCCGCAAGCCUCUCAUGCUGGGGAGUAUCGUGGUAUUCGCUGUUGGUAGUACCAUGGCUGGCGCCGCAAAUUCCCUCGGACUCAUUCUGGCCGGACGACUCAUCCAGGGGAUUGGGGGCGGGGCCAUCCCGUUAAUCGCAGAGCUCAUAGUCAGUGAUCAGUUGCCGCUGGAGCAGAGACCCCAGAUGUUAGGGAUGGUGAUGGCCACAUCCUGUCUGGGAUUGGUGUUUGGGCCUAUCAUCGGCGGAGUGAUCGUUGAUCAUAGCACCUGGCGAUGGAUCUUUUUCUUAAUCUCCCUCUCGCCGCUGCCUCCCUUGUGUGUCUUUUCCCGGUUCUGGCUCGUCGGACGACCGAACAGAGAAGUGCCGCUACGUCGCUGCGAGUCACCGCCAGACGGUUUGACUGGGUGGGCAACGGGCUGCUCCCGGCCUCUAGCGUCGCUAUUCUCCUCCCAUUAA